GUUGGUUCAAUUUCCCCCUUUUCCCUUCACAAUUAGUGUUCAAUUUCACAGAUUGCAUAAUGGAAGAAUAAGUUUGUGUACCAGGCGGAGGAAGGGCGUUGUAGACGUCGUCACGAAGCGGGUCGCAGACCCCCAAAUUAACAUAAGAACAAAACCCUAAUCGCUAGUUCCACGAAACUUCCAUCUCUAUCCUCGAUUACCACCCUUCUCCCUUCUUCUGGCGACGGGGGAUGAUGGGGAAGGUGAGGCGGCGGGAGAGCGGGAAGGGCAGCGUGGUGGUGGGAGAAGAGUGGCGGUGCUCCAGCAGAGUCGUCGCCCUUCUCGCGGCAGUGGAAGUUGCGGUGGCAGGUGUAGGCAGCGCAUUUGAGGGCGUCAAUGUUGCCGUCUGGCCCAGAUGGCAGGAACUCCCCACAGCCGUCCAUCGUGUGGCCUCCGAUCCCAACCGCCUAGUUCUUCAGGCACUCUCUGUACUUGCUCCUCGUCGCCAUCCCCGCCGCGGCCGCGGCCUUUGUAUCCAGCUCCGGCGUUUGCUCAUCUGAGCCGGUAGCGGUGUUGAUAUUUGGUCGGGAGCUGGAGGGGCUAUCAAUUUCAUCAGACUCUUCUUCAUCUUCGUCUUCUUCCUCGUGGAGCUCUGGUUGAUCCUCGAAGUCCAUCCUUUCUCCAGCUUCGUCUUCAAUUUAUUUUUUUCGUUCAAAAUGAUAAAAGAAAGAAAAAAUAAAAUAGGUGUAAAUUA